CAGGAUAGCGCGGCUGCUCUCGCUCCAUCCAUCCAUCAGUUGUAUGUGUCGUUAGCUCCGCAGCUAGCCGCAGCUCAGCAGGCCCAGCGGCCGGCCGGCGCAUCCACAGCUUCCAGCCAUGGCGUUGGUUACUCUGCAGCGGUCCCCGACCCCGAGCGCCGCAUCCACCGCCAGCACAGCCACCACGACCGCAGGGGAGGAUUUUGGGAGUGAAGAUGAACGGCGAAUAAAUCAGAGCCUGAGUGAGAGCUUCUUCAUGGUGAAGGGUGCUGCUCUCUUCCUGCAGCAGGGGAGCAGUCACCAGGGCCAGAAAGCACAUCCUCACCACAAACAUGCAGGUGACUUACCUCAACACUUGCAGGUGAUGAUAAACAUUCUUCGCUCGGAGGACAGAAUCAAACUGGCGGUGCGGCUGGAGAGUGCGUGGUCAGAUCGUGUGCGGUACAUGGUGGUGGUAUACACCAAUGGGCGACAAGACACAGAGGAGAACAUCCUACUGGGAAUUGACUUUACAAGCAAAGACUGCAAAAGCUGUUCGAUCGGCAUGGUGCUACCUCUGUGGAGCGACACAAAGAUCCAUCUUGAUGGAGAUGGGGGCUUCACUGUGAACACAGCAAGUCGGACUCAUGUCUUCAAACCCGUGUCAGUGCAGGCUAUGUGGUCAGCCCUGCAGGUGAUGCACAAGGCAUGCGAGGUGUCACGCAGGUAUAACUACUUCCCUGGAGGCAUGGCUCUCACCUGGAUGGGCUACUACGAGAGCUGCAUAGCUUCAGACCAGAGCUGCAUCAACGAGUGGAACGCCAUGAAAGACUUGGAGACAACACGGCCAGACUCACCCACCAUGUUCGUUGACAAACCUUCAGAGAGAGAGAGGACAGAGUGCCUUAUUAAAGCCAAACUCAGAAGCAUUAUGACGUGCCAGGACCUCGAGAACGUCACCUGCAAACAGAUCCGUACAGAGUUGGAACAACACAUGAACUGUAACCUGAAGGAGUACAAAGAGUUCAUCGACAACGAGAUGCUGCUGAUCCUUGGCCAGAUGGACAAAGCCACGCUCAUCUUUGACCACGUCUACCUGGGAUCCGAAUGGAAUGCGUCUAAUUUGGAGGAACUGCAAGAGUCUGGGGUGGGCUACAUCCUCAACGUUACCAGGGAGAUAGACAACUUCUUUCCAGGCACAUUCAGUUAUCACAACAUUCGCGUCUACGAUGAAGACGCCACUGACCUGCUGGCUCACUGGAAUGAGACGUACAACUUUAUUGUUAAAGCAAAAAAGAACCACUCCAAGUGUCUAGUUCACUGCAAGAUGGGUGUUAGUCGGUCUGCCUCCACCGUCAUUGCUUACGCCAUGAAGGAGUUCGGCUGGUCGCUAGAGAAGGCUUACAACUUUGUCAAGCAAAAGAGGAGCAUCACACGACCCAACGCAGGUUUCAUGAGGCAGCUGGCCGAGUACGAGGGCAUCCUGGACGCUAGUAAACAGCGUCACAACAAGCUGUGGCAUCCAGAUGGAGACUGUGAGAUGACGGAGGGGCAGCAGGGGUUUGGUCAGUGUUGUGGAGGGGAGGAGGGAGGCCACCUGACUCCAGAGCCAGGGAUGUCUCCCUGCUGUGAGGAGGCACUGGCUGAUAAGGGGGCUGCAUGUCCCUCCCCUCGCAGGGCUGUUGCACUGGAGAUUGACCCUGCCUAUAACAAUUACUAUUUCCGCCGGCUCUCAGACUCAGCGCUGGACAGUGAACCAUCAACGCCUGUGCGUGGCCCUCCCCUCCUCGGCAUGGAAAAGGUCUUUAUAGAGAUUGAGGAUGUGGAGCGAGACGCUCUGCUGGAUGACGAGGCCUUUGAUGGCCGCGAAGGCCUGCCGCUCCCCCACUUCGGGCCUACAGGAGAGGGGACCGCUGCCCAGACAAGCUCUCGGGGCCCUGAGCCCCUGGAGGAGCUGCGUCUGAGGCUGGAGUUCAGCACAGUGGAGGAGGAGGAUGAGGAAGAGGUGCAAAAGGAGGAGGCAGAGAUGGAGGUGCUCAUGCAACCAGAUGAUGGAGGGGGUGGGGAAGGAGGGGGAGGAGAAGAAACACAAGAUGUGGAGGUAGAAGGGGAUGCAGAGGGUAAUGGGAUGGACCUGGCAACCCUAAAUGAAAACUCCAACAAUAACAACCACAUGAGCGCUCCACAAAAACUCACUGAAAAAGCUUCCUCCCUCCCUCCUCCAGGUGAUGCUACCACACUGUUCUGGAGGGAUUCUAAGUCCAAGCUGAAAGAAAACUCUCCACCCCUUGUUUCUAAGCUUUGCCUUAACCCCAGUCCUCCUGCAGUCCCAAGUGCUUCAUUCCCACUGUCCCAUUCCUCUUCUGGAGGCCUCACGUCUUCAGUGGGACUGCUGCGCCCCUGUGGCCCUCUGUGUGACUGUGCCAACUGUGCUGCGUCCCCGCCCACAGCUCUACUUGACAAAGACAAGCAGCCAGGAGACUCACUGCAUUUACCAGGGCUGAAGGACGAUGAUGACUUGUUGGAAGUAGAGGCUGAGAGUCAGAAAAGUAAAUCUGCAGCUGCCUCUGAGGCUCUCCCCAAGCUGAUGAGAAUGGAGUUGGAGGAAGAGAAGCUUGCAGUGGCUUGCCACAUUGGCCAACAACAGGAGACGCUGUUGCAGCUGCAGAAGUCUGGGCUGGUCCGCCGGCGUGCAGAGAGACUAGAAAGACUUUCAGGUUUAUCCGAGGAGAACUUGCUCUCUCUGAAGCCUUUGCACGCAUGCCAAAGCUCCAAAAACAGCCCUUUUCACACUGAGGAGGAACAGGAGUUCUCCGGCUUCCCUAAAUCUUCUACACCAUGCCAAGUGCGGUUAGAUCCACUGGUGGUGCCACUGACCAAUGAAGCCUUGUUGGGGGUGGUGGGGUCUGGGCUGCUCACACCCACCUCCUCGCCCCAUGGCUCCACCCUGACACGCAGCUCCAGCAGCGACAGUCUGCGCAGCGUGAGAGGGAAACCUGGCCUCGUGCGUCAGAGGGCGCAGGAGAUCGAGACCCGCAUGCGCCUGGCAGGCCUAACGGUGCCCUCGAGGCUGAAGCGGUCCAACUCGCUGGCCAAGUUGGGCAGCCUCAACUUCUCCUCGGAGGACCUGUGUUCCGCCUGCUCCUCAGACGCAGGAACACUACUGCUCCUCUCACUGUCCCCUGAGCCAGACCCCGGCCUGGAGUGGGACUCCUCCACCACCUCUCCUCUGCCCCGGCCCUGCAAGGACACUCCAGAGAGAGCACUACCAGGUGAGCCCAGAAGCUGACACAUCAAGUGGAGGUCAUAAACACUCCACCCAUCCCCUCAUCUGUCACCCUACAGGGCUGGAGAGUCGAGUCAAAGAAAACUAAUCAAAACAAAAAAAACAAUGCCAACUGUUGUUAGGAGGAGUGUACGCUCUCCUUUGCCACAUUGUUUCUCAAACUGCUGUACACAGUGAUGAAAGUCAUAUUGCUGUAUCUGACAAGUGUGUAAAGCCAUCAGUUCACCUCUAACUUGGUUUGAUUCACAGACAAACAAGUGCCUUACCUAUGAGACCAGAGGCACAGAGCUGUGUGUUAGACUGCAGGAUGAGACAGUAUUCUAUAACCUUUAACUUCACAGCUGUUAGUACCUGAUAUGUACCAAAUUAUGGUAUCCAUUGGCACUUAGAUUAUUUUUACUGGUACAAAGUGGUAGCCUACAUUGAUGAACUUCCCGCAGUGGAGCUCCACAGAAAGCAAAGUGUUAAUAAAUGUAGAGUUGUUUACCGCACAGUUUAUGUUUUAGAUGCUAGAGGGUUGUAAAAUUAAUGGUUACCUCAUGUUGCAUUCACAGAGCUCUUUCUCAGAUGAACACCGGGCUAGAGUUUAAUUCAGUUCAUUUGCUGAUGUCGACUUAAAGUGAGAAAAUCAGUUUCGAGGUGUCUGUUUAUGCAUUAAUGCGUGACUUUAUGUGUGUGUGAGUGAGUGAAUGGGAUCAGAGUGACAAGAGAAGGUUGUGACUUUGUUUUGCCAGAGGCAUGCUCACUGUUUUCAACAAACACAACAGAAACAUUUCUGCGUUUGUUGUUCCUUUGCACUGCUUUUUUUUAUUGAGUGAAUACUGGUACGCAAGCAAGCUAUCUUCCAAAAUAACAUCAGAGUAAUGUUAUUGACCUCAUCAUUCCCUACAAUGUUCGUGGGAGAGCAGAGUGAGGAGUCACGCUGCAUGGCUUAAAGUCAUAAUACAGACGCGUAGUGUGACAGAAACUGAGGAUUUAUGGCUGUCAAAACAUAUAAUGUGUGUAAGGCUAAUGUUAUCUGAACAUUUUGACAAUAUAUGAACAUAAAACAUUUUCAUCCAAAACCUUCUUUACCUUAAAUCAGCUCGUCCUUGAGGGUUGCCAACAUUUUAAACUCAUUUGUGCUUUUUUAAAAUGUGAAAGACCAAAGUUCUUUGGCUGUCUCGAUAAAAUUGGAAACACCAUUGAAGCUGUACAAAAUAUGUGAACCAUAAAUGUCAAUCAAUCAUGUGCGUAUUUAAAUGCUGUCACAUCUUUUUUGCACCUUUUGGGAGGAACGAAAGAGACUCUGCGAAGUCAUCGGGCUCAUAGCUGUUCAGCUUUUAUGCUCAAAUCAUAGGUGAGCUUUCAAAAGCUUUUGUCACACUGACUCGACAACGAUCACAAUAGGUUACUUCACAGUUUUGUAACCAUUUUCUUUUUAUAUUUAAGUAUGCAGUAACUUUUGUACUGUACAUUGCUGUAGUUUGAAUGCAUAUUGCACUUUUUAUGUUGGUCAAAAUAAUGUACUGUACGUGU